UUUACGGUUUUCUCCCCUUACUUUUUUUGCCUAUGACUGGAAAACGCAUUAAUAAAAAAAUCUGUGGGAAGAGACGGAAAUUCAGUGAGUCAGGCAGAAGCUGCUCCAGCCAAAAGAAAAAAAAAAAAAAAGGCAAAAAACAUGUUAAACUAAACUGUGGGAUGACACACAGUGCUCGCUAAUACGUCUGGGGUGCAAGGCAAGGUCUUCGUUGGACUGGCUGCACUACGACAAACAAGAGCUGACAGAGGUAGCUAUUGUUCUGCCCCUUCUUAUCUAAAUGGAGCAAAUAUCCUGUAUGUAAAAAAUAUAUAUUUUGAUCAAGAAGGCAGGACCAGUGGAGAGACGAAAGAGUGACUUCACUUCCCAAAAUUAGCAGAAAAAAACGUUUCAUCCGGUUAACUGUCUCUUUUUCGCUCUGCUGCAACAACCAAAGUUAAAAAAAGAGCGGCAGAGAGAGCGAGGGAGGGAGAGGGAGAGAGAAGGCGAGGGGAUAAGUGGAGGAAAGCAAAAUCCCUGGAAAGACAGAAAGAAAAGUGAAAGAGAGACGGAUAAAAACUUCGGGAGGCUUCAGCUGCAGGCUAAACCGGGUCAAUGUGUGGAAUAUUGCUGGUACCGGCUGGAAGUUAUUCUAGAUGGACGGCACUAUUAAGGAGGCCCUGUCGGUGGUGAGCGACGACCAGUCCCUCUUUGACUCCACGUACGGCGCUGCCACUCACCUCCCCAAGGCAGACAUGACAGCCUCAGGGAACCCUGACUAUGGCCAGCCACACAAAAUCAACCCUUUGCCUCCUCAGCAGGAGUGGAUUAAUCAGCCAGUCCGGGUCAAUGUUAAAAGAGAAUAUGACCACAUGAAUGGAUCAAGGGAGUCCCCUGUAGACUGUAGUGUGAACAAAUGCAGCAAGCUCGUCGGAGCAGGCACAGAGUCCAACCCCAUGAGUUACAGCACCUACAUGGAUGAGAAGAACGGGCCUCCUCCCAACAUGACCACCAAUGAGAGGAGAGUCAUUGUCCCAGCAGAUCCCACUCUAUGGACCCAGGAACACGUGCGCCAGUGGCUGGAAUGGGCCAUAAAAGAGUAUGGAUUAAUGGAGAUUGACACCACCUUCUUCCAGAAUAUGGAUGGCAAAGAGCUCUGCAAAAUGAACAAGGAUGACUUCCUCCGAACCACCUCCCUCUACAACACAGAAGUUCUGUUGUCUCACCUCAGUUACCUCAGGGAAAGUAGCUCACUGCUGGUCUACAACACUCCAUCCCACGCAGAAGCUUCCUCACGUCUUGCCACCAAAGAAGGUCCUCCUGUUGCAGGGACACAAAAUGUGAACAAGACAACGGAACAGCAACGGCCCCAGCCAGAUCCCUAUCAAAUCCUGGGACCCACCAGUAGCCGUCUUGCCAAUCCUGGGAGUGGGCAGAUACAACUGUGGCAGUUCCUCCUCGAGUUGCUGUCGGACAGUUCCAACGCCAGCUGUAUCACGUGGGAAGGGACCAAUGGGGAAUUCAAGAUGACAGACCCAGAUGAAGUGGCACGGCGCUGGGGAGAACGCAAAAGCAAGCCCAACAUGAAUUAUGACAAGCUGAGCCGAGCUCUUCGAUACUACUAUGAUAAGAACAUUAUGACCAAAGUGCAUGGCAAAAGGUAUGCCUACAAAUUUGACUUUCAUGGCAUUGCCCAGGCUCUCCAGCCUCAUCCCACUGAAUCGUCAAUGUACAAGUAUCCAUCAGAUCUCUCCUACAUGCCUUCUUACCAUGCCCACCAGCAGAAGGUGAACUUUGUACCCCCACAUCCUUCUUCUAUGCCUGUUACAUCAUCCAGUUUCUUUGGAGCAGCCUCACCUUAUUGGACCUCCCCUGCUGGAAGCAUUUAUCCAAACCCCAACGUUCCUCGCCAUCCCAACGCCCAUGUAUCACCACACUUGGGCAGCUAUUACUAGAUGCGUUUAUCUUCAAGUGGCCUUAAUCAGUCUUGUUGGACCUUCUUUUUUUUUACAUCUGGGAUUUUUUUGUUUUGUUUUGUUUUUCUGGGGACCCUUGAUGGAUAAUUGUGGCCUUUCUGGGACAGAAGUAAAACUGGAUAUUGGCUAUUCCUGGAUCAAACCUUCUACUUUUGUAAUUUUGCCUCUUGUGUCCUGAACUGAGAGAUGGAUGCUUCUUUGGGCCAGUACUCUGCAUUUUUCUUUGGUUUUUAAUGCUUAAAUCCUCUGUAGGAAUUGACUAUGAAGAUUGUUCAUCAUUACCUGGAAUGACUAUUAGCUUUUUGAUGAGAGAAUUUUUUUAAGAAUUCAAAGCCGGUUGACAAGACAAAGAUCCAACUGUGGGUCUUAGGAAAACAUGACUACAAUUAUUUUCUCGCUUUGGAGAGGGUAGGCAAUUUGACUACAAAGUCAGGAGGACCUUGGGCUGCAGGGGACUACAACUGGAAUCUUAGCUUUAAGGCAGAUGAGGAUUUUCACCCAACUGGAAAUAAAAAAAUAUAUAUAUUCCUAUAUAUAUAUAUAUAUGUUCAUGCAUAUUUUAAGAAGUAAAGGGCAUUGAAGGAAAUUUCUAGGCUGUGCAACCUCAGUAGACUGUGUAUUAACUCCAGAAACACCAGAACAAAAAGUAACUUAAUGUCAUGCACAUACAUUCUUUGAAGCAGAAGUGAAGUAAGAUAGAUGACAGCAGGUCCUUGAGCUCUGCCAGAGCCUGGGAUCUCCAACCGCUACCGAUUCGCGAACGCUGUGCGUUUGUCAGACCGCCAUCCAAAGGGUCAACAAAUCAGAAGGCAAAUUACUGUAUAAAUUAUGCAGAGUUAUUUUUCCCUAUAUCUCACAGUUUUAAAAGAAAGAUGAACUAAAACGAGUUGACCUCGGUCACAAAUGCAGGUUUGUUGUUUUUUUUUUUUUUUUUUUUUUUUACUGUCAGCUCAGUUGUUUGUGGGUUGUUUUUUGUUUUUUGUUUUUUGUUUUUUUUUUUUAAUGUAAUUUGUACAUCUUUCCAAUCUGUACAUUUGGGCUGUAGCUUUGUACUUUUCGCUAAAAAAAAAUAAAGAAAUAAGACGUGAGUAAUGUAUCUGUUGGAGAUAGCCUAGGUCCUGCAAUGGGAUUCAUAAUGGUCCCCAAACUAGCCAGAAACCUCCCAGAUUUCCUGAGUCUGUCUAGGGUAGAUGUUUUUCUUUCAUUAGCUUGUCAUAGUUGUUUGCAAAUUAACUCCAUUUAGCUAACAUGUUUCUCUUGAAGCUGAUUGAAAACAUUCAUUGCAAUUUUAAAGCGACUGUUUCAGUUUUUUGUGAUUAUUUUUCACCAAAAUCUUGAACUUUGGAAACAUUUUAUCCACUUCACAGAGAAAAUUAUCAAAUGCUUCCCAGCACAUCUCUUGGCGUGGCGUUCCAUUUCCAUUUCAAACACUGGCCGAUUUUCUCCCACCUCUAAUUUUGCAUGUGCUGAUUUGAUGAUCCACAAAUGGUGGUUUGGUGCCAUAAACAGAAGGGUAAACCACAAACAGUUCUGUUUCAGAACAGAUGUCUAUAGGGGGAUCAGACCUACAUGUACAGCCUGUUAGCUAACUUGUAUUAAUUGGCAAACAAUUAACAGGAUCAGAAAUAUCUCGUCUAGACAAAACCUCCGGGACUCUGUGGGUGCAAGAUUUGGUCCAUGUGCAUCCGAUUGCAGGAUGAGAGCCUGAAUCCAGAACAUUAUAGUCUGCUCAUAACUUUAACCAGAAGCACUGAUGCCGUUAUUUAACAGAAAGGAGAAAUAAGGUGGAGCUGAUCCGUUUGGGUCUGAGUGCUUUUGGGAUGUUUAUAAGCAACGUUACCGCAAUAAUCGCAGAUUUUAACGAUGAAGAAAUUACCCGUGGGAACGGGGCUUUUGCUACUAUAUAUAUGCAAUGUACUUUUUGGAUAUUAAAAUAUAUAUAAUUUUGCAAGUAAUCUUGGUGUUUUUUAAAAAAUGUAUGAAGUGUUACGAUGAAAUAGUUGUAUGAAGAAGAUGAUGUAAAAAAUGUGGCAAAAUAAAUGGUGGUUUUCUUCUCGAA